UCGCCUCUCUAAUAUUCCUCCGUAUCCGUUUCGCACUGCUACUGCCGUUCCUAUCCAGUACGGUUAGCGAAGGAACCAUGUCUGGCACGGGGGGCAAGCGUGCCUCAGGAGGGGACAGUCCUCCUGGCCCCCCAGAAAAGAAGAUGAAGAAAGAAGAGAAAACUACAACAACCCUCAUAGAGCCGAUUCGUAUUGGAGGGGUUUCCUCAACUGAGGAAAUGGACAUGAAGGUCAUUCAGUUUAAGAACAAGAAGUUGUUUGAACGCCUUGAGCAAAGACAAGCUAUUGAAGAUGAGCUGAGAGAGAAGAUUGAGAAGCUGGAAAAAAGACAAGCAACUGAUGAUACUACACUUCUGAUUGUUAACCGCUACUGGACUCAGCUGGAUGAAAAUGUUCAAGAAUUACUGCAACGUGUUGAGCCUAAGGUUACUCCACUGACUGCGAAGACUCCUGCUAGUCCUCCAGCCUCUGCACCUGCCACUGUUCCUGCAACAGCCACCUCACCUGCCCCUGAAUUUUCUGCCCCUCUGGUGGAAGGAGAGGAUGGACUUCCUCAGCCUCCAGCUCCAGCAGAGGAGGAGGAACAGCAGCAGCAGCCCGAACAGGUACCACAGCCGGAGUCGCAACCGGAACAAGUGAAGAAUCAGCCUGAUGUGGAUGUGAAGCCUCCUGAAGGUCCAGUACAGGAUGGAAUACCAGCCCCUCCUCUGCCUCCUCCACUGAGUGAGAGUGCAAAGGCCUUCCUCUCCACCCUGGAUAACAGUAGUGAGGAGGAGCUCAGUUUGCAACUUCAAGACAGGAUGCAGUUCAGCAAGGGUGCAGUAGCCUGCAUGGUCUGCAUCUUUGACUGUCUGCACAGUUCCAUUGAAGAACUGUGUACUCGUGUACAGUCAGCAGUGUGUGAGGACGAUGGUCAACGAGAGAUUAUUGCUACAAAUCGCACACUGCUGGAAGAGAAUAAUAGACUACACGAUUUGGCUUUCUCGCUGCAAGGGAGACACCACAAAAUGUCAAUGGAGUAUAACGAACUGGUGGACAAAGUGACGAGCUCUGAAACAAAAGUUUCUGAGAUGGAGACUGCUGUGGAGGACCUCCAGUGGGACAUCGAAAAACUUCGUAAAAGGGAGCAAAAGCUCAAUAAGCACCUAGCAGAAGCACUUGAGCAGCUGAAUUCAGGCUACUAUGCGUCUGGCAGCUCUGGUGGCCUCCCAGGUGGUCAGAUUACUUUAAACAUACAAAAGUUUGAGUUGCUGAAUGCUGAAUUGGAGCAGAAUCAGGAGUUGGCCAAUAGCCGGAUGGCAGAGUUGGAGAAAUUGCAGCAGGAGUUACAGGAGGCGGUGCGGGAAAAUGAGAAACUAAAGAUUGACCUACGGAACAUUCCAGAGGAGGUAGUGAAGGAGACUCCAGAGUACAGGUGCCUCCAGUCUCAGUUCUCUCUACUGUACAACGAGUCUCUGGGAGUGAAGACCCAGCUGGACGAGGCUAGGGCUUUGCUGCUUACUGCGAAGAAUGCUCAUUUACGACAAAUAGAGCACAUGGAGAGUGAUGAGCUGUCUCUUCAAAAGAAGCUAAGAACAGAGGUCAUUCAGUUAGAGGACACUCUAGCUCAAGUGCGCAAGGAAUAUGAGAUGCUCCGAAUCGAGUUUGAACAGAAUCUUGCAGCCAAUGAACAAGCAGGCCCGAUAAACAGAGAAAUGAGACAUUUAAUCAGCAGUCUUCAGAACCACAACCACCAGCUCAAAGGGGAUGUGCAGAGAUACAAGAGGAAGUUGCGUGAGACCCAGAUGGAAAUCAAUAAGUUGAAGUGCCAGAGUGGAGAAUCCGGCAGUGUACUGAUGUUGGAAGAGACUGUAAGUGAUGGUGGGCUGGAUGUAAAGAAAGAGGAGGAUGAUGACCAGGAAGAAGAGGAAGAAAGGAGACGAGAGCUGGAGAGACAACGAGCCCGGGAGCGUGAACGAGAGGCGGAGAGAGAGAGGGAGAGAGAAAGAGAACGGGAAAGGCAGCGCAGUGAAGAGCUGAAGAGGAAAGACUCAGAUACACUCAAGAUGCUCAGGGCAGAACUCAAGAAAGCCCAGGAGUCUCAGAAAGAGAUGAAGCUCCUGCUGGACAUGUACAAGUCUGCUCCAAAAGAGCAGCGAGACAAAGUGCAGCUCAUGGCAGCUGAGAGGAAGUCCAAAGCAGAGGUGGAUGAGUUGAGGCAGCGAGUGCGGGAGCUUGAGGAAAGAGAGAGGAAGGAGAGUAAGAAGCUGGCUGACGAAGAUGCUCUGAGGAAGAUUCGAGUGGCGGAGGAGACGAUUGAACAUUUGCAGAAAAAGCUUACUGCCACUAAACAGGAGGAGGAAGCCCUGCUAAGUGAGAUGGAUGUGACGGGCCAAGCUUUUGAGGACAUGCAGGAGCAGAAUAGCAGGCUAAUGCAACAGCUGCGAGAAAAGGAUGAUGCCAAUUUUAAAUUAAUGAGCGAGAGAAUCAAAUCCAACCAGAUCUACAAGCUGCUACGAGAGGAGAAAGAGGAACUGGCUGACCAGGUGCUGACCUUCAAAACCCAGGUUGAUGCUCAGCUGCUGGUAGUGCAGAAACUGGAGGAGAAAGAAGGCAUCUUGCAGAGUUCACUAGCUGCUUUGGAGAAAGAAUUGGCGCUGCGCACACAAGCUUUAGAACUAAACAAGCGCAAGGCAGUGGAAGCGGCACAGUUGGCUGAGGACCUGAAGGUGCAGCUGGAACACACCCAGGCCAAGCUGAAGGAAAUCCAGACGUCUGUGCUAGAGAACCGUACAGCACGUGAGAGGGAGAGCAGCAACCUUAAACGCGCACAGGAAGACUUGUCUAGACUCCGCAGAAAGCUGGAGAAGCAGAAGAAGGUGGAGGUAUAUACAGAUGCUGAUGAGAUCUUGCAAGAGGAAAUCAAUCAGUAUAAGGCUAAACUGCGCUGCCCCUGUUGUAAUAUUCGAGAUAAGGAGACUGUACUUACGAAAUGUUUCCAUGUCUUCUGCUAUGAAUGCUUGAAGACUCGUUAUGACACUCGCCAGAGGAAGUGUCCGAAGUGCAACGCUGCUUUUGGAGCCAAUGAUUUCCACCGCAUCUACAUCACAUAAGCUGAAGAUGGUGAAGAUGGGACAGUUAGCAGAAAUAAUAGUAAAGAGAUGGGGAAAGUAGAUUUUAAGAGCUGAGAGAGAACAGUUUUUGUGGCAUAUUGUUUUGCUCACAAAGCUGUUUCCAGUAUGUCUGUGAUCAGUUGGUGCUAGAGACCAAAUGGACAGGAGUUUGCAGAUUGAAUGAGUGCUUGUGUAUAGCUGAUGUAUCUGAGUCUAUGAAUUGUUUUUUCACUUUUAUUUUCUAGUGUUUUUUGGUGUAACUUAAUAAUGUGUUUUUUGUUUUGUCAUUUGUUGUGUUUGCUUUUUGAAUGUGUACUGGAACUUUCUAUAAAGAAAAAAAAAAACAGAGCUGCACAUCACCACAGUCCCUUAAACAGCCUUUCCCAUACAAGUUAAUGUGUUGCAGACGCUAACAAGGUAAUAGAAAAUGUGCAUCUGUAAAACAUAUUGCAAACAUGUUUUCCUUGUGGUAGUCAUGGGUUUUAUUUGAGUGAAUAGCACAGUAACUGCAUUCACUAAUGGGAUCCAGCUUCUGAUGUAAUGCUCCACUCUCAGGCUACUGACGUACGUAAUGAUCAUGAAGGACAGACAGAUCCAUGAGAAAAGCUCAGGACUCUGGUAAAAAUGCUAUUGCAGAAUCCAUGCGAAGAGUUUGAGUUUUAACUUGAGGUAAAUAGGAAUUCACGUUUUGCUCUUGGGCCCUUUGUAAUGGAUGUCGUCUACAUAGUUACUGUACCUAUCUAAAGUCUGUGGAGUGUAAACACCAUAGCUCACCAUAGUAUGGUUUCAUUUGCAGCCCACAUUUGAACAGUGUGUCUUCAUUAUGAGAGCCUGUGAGAGCCAGCAGUUAAGGUGGAGUGUUUUUCUGUCCUCAUUUAAGAGGUUCUGUAUGAGAUUUGUUAGUGUGUCCAGGUGCUUACACAAAGAAUUCACAGCAUAGCUGUUGCAUGACAUCAGGAUCAGAGAUGAGGAUGCACCCACGGGUCUAGUUAAUCAGAUCUAAUGUGGCUUUUUGGCUUGUCCUAAACAUUGAAAUGUAUAACAGCCUAUACCUCCACUGUGAAAUGUGCUUGUGUGAAACCAUUCUUUUCCUUUGAAGCCAAAAUGAGGUUCUCAGCAUUGUUUUUGCUUCAUAUGAACAUGAAGAAGGGUGGCCUUAGGUCUGAUGAAACCUUCACAGAAAAAGUAAGCUUUCUUUGGAGGCUUAAACCUGAAGAGGGUUUAGAGGGCUGUUUUUCUUUUUGUUAACAUGGAAAAGGUUGGGCUACAACUCAGUCUGCUAAAGUGAUUGUUUUGCACCAUGACAGAAUGAGAUUUUGCCCCAGGGGUUUUCAUCAGAACAAACUCAUGAUGUCAUUGCCAUAUGAGCUAAAUGCAGUUCACAUGCGAGUAUGCACUCCUGUAACUCUCAAAAGUGGGGUUUAUCCCUGGAAUGCCCAAAUACUGUCAGUUUACACAUCUAUAGAAAGUACAUUUUUUAUGUUGUGUAUUUACUAGUUUGUGUCUGAGUACAAUAAAUGCAAAAAAACUUGAA